GGUGAGCUGUGUACAGUAACCGAUGGUAAACCGAUGCCCCUUUAACACGCAGUGACGUCAUGUAUUUUUGACGUGGGGCAGGCAGGCAGCGGGAGAAGAAGGGAGCGGAUGCACCCGGGGUAAACGAUGCCCAGGAUAGUGUCACGGGUUUAUUCGCUCUCCCACCUCUCAGUAUCAUGAUAAACGCUGCUGGGGCGGUCGUCCGCAGGAUGCCCUCGGCGGCCCGACGGAGCGGAUGCUGGAUAGCCUGGUGCCAGGCGGCGCUACUCGGCGUGUCGGCGCUGGUGAUCGUGGCUGAGCGGAGCGCUCUGAUCUACUGUAUAGGAUUUUACCUUUGGAAUGAAGAGACGCAGUGGGCGGGCCUCACUCUGGGCCUCUUCCUACCGGGUACAGCAGUUCAGCUGCUUAGUGUGAAAUGGUACUAUGAUGAUGGUGAUGACAGGCGAUGCUACCUCUCUGUCAUACACAUACUGCACCUGGGCAUAUUCAAAAGGAUGUGGGACUGCAUGAGGGCUGUGUUCCGCAUGCAGGACUCUGUGGCUGAUCUUGGAGUUGCGGUCAUGCAGCAGGCAGAUGUUGCUGCUUUGUGGCUGCUGGAGGCCCUGGUUCUCACACUGCCUCAGAGUCUGCUGCAAGCGUAUGUCGUGGUGUCCACUGAUGUGGGCAUCAUGUCCCCAGUGGCCUACUGCUGUGGUCUGUGUGUGCUGUCUAUUUCCUGGGCACUGGUUCUGUAUAGCAGAGCCUGCUGCCUGAUACGACCGGGCCACUUGGCCAUGCCUCCAGCAGCCUUGCUGUGCCAGCUGGUGUGGAGGGCUGGCAUGCUGGGUGCGAGGGUGACCUGCCUCAUGUUCUUUGCCAGAGUUUUUAACUGGUGGGUCUGUGGAGUAGCAGGUUUCCACUGGCUCACAGCCUCCUUCUGGCUGGUUUCACAGCAACCAGACAUCUGCACUGGCCCCUGGUGUUGGCGAGCCUUUAACGGCAUCAUGGGGCUCGUCCACGUCUUCGUCUUCCUUAACGUCAAAGAUGGACCCUCGCGCUUCCGCAUGGCCAGUUUUUAUGCAUUCAUGCUAGUAGAGAAUGCUACACUGCUGCUGGCCGCCUCUGACUUCCUAAGUGAAGCAUCAUGGGACAGCAUGACCCUUCCCACCACUGUGCUUUGCAGCUUUCUCCUUGGUGCUACCUCUCUUGUCCUGUACUACCGAUUCCUCCACCCAAAGUCCACAGAGAUCUCCCAGGGAAUGAACCGAAAUCACAUGGGCAGCACAUGCAUUGAACGCGGGGAGUCCUCCUUCUCUCUUGGCGAUAAAAGCCUUCCAGCUCCCUCCAUUCAAAACCACGGCAGCUUUUCCCUCUCCGGUGUGGCUGGUUCUCUACUGGAGCACCCAGGAACCUGCGGGGGCCGGGCUAACAGCUCCUGCCCAUGCUAUCAUCACCACUGGCUCCUCAUUCGGCUGGCUCUGAAAACAGGAGACCUGGGGAAGAUCAACAGGGCGUAUGGGGCUGGUGGAGCGGCAGCCAUACUGGACUUGGAGGAGUACAACCAGGAGUAUAAGAGUAACGAGGGCAUGACUAUCACAGCAGGAGAUGAGGGUGUCUCCACCUCUGAGUCUCAGGGGAAAGGCCUGGCACCUCUAUCGGAUUGCAAAGAUGAGUUCCAGAGUGUGAGCGAGCCAACAUCGACUGAACCACCUGAGGAAGAGGAUGAUAGCCUAGAGAUGGAGAGCCCACUGGAGUCACCCGCUUCAGAUUUCAAACGUAGCUCACCAGAGGGAAAGUCUGUGUUUGGAGACAGUCCAGAGCCGUACUUUUGCCCCACAGAGUCGAGUUCGACCUUAUACUUCAGCGCUGAUCCUCAGUCUCCCAGCAGUGCCAGUAACCCCCGUUUGGACCGGGACAUUCAUGAACAGGGGGUACGUCUUAACUCCAUCCCCAGCGAUCCAGCCCUUCACAGGGAUGUACGUGGACUCAUGGGCCGUGUUGGGCCACGUUGUACUUCCACUCCUAGAUUGGACUCUGGAGCGUUGGACUCCCCGUCUAGUAUCCCGCAUCUCACAGGACCCAGGAGGCAGCUUAUAAUGUCCCGACGAGAUGAAGACGAUAGCUUCUAGCUGCUCUCUGGAGAGAGAGAAUUAAGGGACGAUCCACAACAAAAGGAGAACACCAGCUUUUUGGGAGACUGCUUUUUCAUUACCUCAAUGCCGUAGGAUGAGAAAGCUAGCAAAAAAUCACCUCUCUAUGUCUAUGUAUUCAGCACACUAUGGGGUACAGCAUAUGCAACAAUUUUGGGCCAAUGCUAAACUUGCCUGUAAUCGACGCAACCUAUUUUCUUAAAGAACUGCUUUGCUCCAACAAAAAUAAAAAAUCUGAAAAUCAGUAUUUUCAUCACAACUUGAAGAUCAAAUAAUAGCUAGCUGGCCCCUAAGGUGGUGUACAGAGCUCAGACACACUUUCUACCUGACAUCCAAUAAACAUCUUGUAAAUUCUUUUGGCAGCAAUUAACUUCAGCCUCGAGAAUAACACUGUGCAAAAAAAGUAAACACUGGUUCUGCCAGGGUGUGAUUAAAUAUUAAAGACGUAGCCAUGAGUAAUAUCAACAAACAUUAUUAGAACUAUGCUGCUGUUUUAUAAUCCAGACAAAUGUGGAUCUCUAUAUUACAUACAGAAACCGCUUCUACUCAUUUUAAUAAAUCUAGCAGUUAUGUAAAUGGGGAACUUAUAUCUUGAUAUAAGAGGACAGGGAUGUCACUUUGACUUGUUUGCUUGUCAGUGUGAGCCAGAGAUUGUUGGCUUCUUAAAAGCACAAGUAUCUUCUGAACUAUAGUUGUAUUGCUGUGAUUUCUUUUGGUAUUCCCAUUUUAACACCUUGCUGAUUUUUCAGAGAUCAAUAUGCUGUUUUUUGUAAUAUCAUGUCCACUGACAUUACAUCACACAGAGCUGGUUUAUCAACCUGGCAAACCUGUGUUGUUAAAUGUUUUAACUUUAUUUACAUGUUGACCAUGUAACUGCAACAAUGUCUCUUGAAUUCACAUUAUGUUGAGAGAAAAUAUCAUGUCUCAGGCACUAAUUUUGAAAAGCUUUCAAAUGUCUCAUGUAAGAAAAGAAAAAGAUGCUUUUGAAGUAUUUGUAGUGACUUUUUUAUGUGCUAUUGAUUUCUAUUUCCAGGGAAAAGUUGCUUUUUUUUGCUUCUUUGCUGUUCUGUAAGAGGGAUGAAAUCCACUAACAAAGCAGUGAAGUGUUGCUGUGGUUUUCUCUUGCAGCUAGGUGACUGCCUAUACUCAAUUUUGAACUGUGAAGUGAAAGGCCACUGGUGGCUUUAAUAAGCAAUAAACCGCCUACUUAUUGGGGUGACUGGAA